AUGAGGGGGCUCGGGGCCAUCGCGGUUUUGGGGGCGCUCCUGCUCCUGGCUGAGGCUCAGCGGAGAGCCCCCGGGCGGGGCCGGAGCCGCGGGCGGAGCCCGGCCUGGAGCGGGCGGCCGGGGCCGUUCGGCGCCUGGGACUCGGCGCUGUACCCGCCCUGGCAGCAGCGCGACAGCCGCGACUGCUGGAGAGGUGGCGAUGUCACCUUCGACAUCAGCAACGACGCGCCGACGCUGGCGGGUGCCCAGGCCACGUUCUCCAUCGCCCUGCGCCUGCCCGGCACCCAGCGGGCGCUGCCCGACGGCCGCGUGGUCUGGGGGCAGAACUGCACCGUCAACGGCACGCAGGUGACCCAGGGGGACCCGGUGUUCCCGGAGCAGCCGGACGCCACCGGGACCUUCCCGGACGGACCCCCCCUGCCCCAGGGCCGGCGGGGAAAAUUCGUCUACGUCUGGUGGACAUGGGGGCGGUACUGGCAGGUGCUGGACGGGCCGGUGUCACAGCUCACAGUGGACACUCAGGGGGUGGCACUGGGCUCCUACACCAUGGAGGUCACCGUGUACCACGCCCGGGGCCGGCAGAAAUUCGUCCCCAUCGGCCACGGCAGCAGCCAGUUCAGUGUCACCGACCAGGUCCCGCUGUCGGUGGCGGUGUCGCAGCUGCAGGACCCGGCGGCGGCGGCGGCGGUGACCGGGGGCGGUCGCUUCGUGCGGAACCGCGCGGUGGCGUUCGCGGUGCGGCUGCACGACCCGAGCCGGUACCUGCGCCACGCCGACAUCUCCUACUCGUGGGACUUCGGGGACCAGAGCGGGACCCUCAUCUCGCGCAGCGCCACCGUCACCCACACCUAUCGCGACAGCGGCACCUUCUCGGCCCGCCUGGUGCUCCAGGCCGCCAUCCCGCUCAGCCCCUGCGGGCCCAGCACGGCCCCCGCCGCCGCCACCACCGGGGCGGGCACCGAGCCCGCGGCCACCACCGCCGCCACCGCCGGCGCGCAGAGCACGGUGCCGGCCGCCAGCACCGCCCCCGCAGCCUCUGGGGAGCCGGCGGAGCCCACGGGGGGCUCGGCAGUGGAGCCCUCGGACCCGGCUGUCACCGACCCUUCUGUCCCCGAUGUCACCGAUCCCUCUGUCCCCGUUGUCACCGACCCCGCUGUCCCCGCUGUCACCGACCCUUCUGUCCCCGCUGUCACCGGUCCCGCUGUCCCCGCUGUCACCGGUCCCGCCGCCACCGCGCCCUCUGCGGUCGCUGUCACCGAGCUCUCGGUCCCCUCCGCCGCCGCCGGCACCGCGCCCGUCGCCUCCUCCGUGUCCCCCUCUGUCGCCAGCGCGGCCGGGGCCACCUCUGUCCCCUCUGUCGCCUCGGUGGAAGCGACAGCGGCUGCAGGUGCGGCGACAGACGGAGGCGCGGGUGACGUCACAGCUGCUGCGGCCACAGCUGGAGCGGCCACAGCUGGAGCGGCCACAGCUGGAUCCGCCCUCGCUGCCACCGCUGCGGCCACACUCGCUGCCACCGCAGAUGCCACCAUAGAAGCCACCGUGGGAGCCACCGCUGUGUCCCUGGCCGCCGCCACAGCUGGCGCCACAGCUGGAGCCACAUCUGGAGCCACAUCUGGCACCACAGCCCAGCCCCUGGCCCUGGUGAAGCGCCAGGCGCCGCUCGGGGACGUGCCCUGUGUCCUGUACCGCUACGGCACCUUCGCCACCCAGCUGGACAUCGUCCAGGGCAUCGAGAGCGUGGCCAUCGUGCAGGUGGUGCCCGAGGGCGGCGGCGGCAGCAGCGUGGAGCUGACGGUGACGUGCGAGGGAGGGGUGCCCUCGGAGGUGUGCACGGUGGUGGCGGACGCCGAGUGUCGCACGGCGGAGGCGGAGUCGUGCUCGGCGGUGUCGCCGUCGCCGCCCGGCUGCGAGCUCGUGCUGCGCCAGGACUUCAACCGCAGCGGCCUCUUCUGCCUCAACGUGUCCCUGGCCAACGGCAACGGGCUGGCCGUGGCCACCACCCGCGUGGCCGUGGGAGGAGCUGCCCCGGCCGGCGGUCACACCACGCUGUUCGUGGGACUCGUGCUGGUGGCGGCCGCCCUGGGCACGGCCGCGUACACCUACAGACGAGUCAAGUCCCCGUUGCUGUCCCCGGCGUCCCCUCCCGGCCGGUCCCGGCCGUGGCUGUCCCCAAAUGUCCCCGCGGUUCGGCGGCUGCUGCAGCGCGCCCUGGGGGCGGCCCCGAGCGGCGAGAGCAGCCCCCUCCUCCAGGGCCGCUCGGUCUAGGGACCCCCGCCCCAAAAACGGCCCCACAAAACCCCCCCGCAGCUGGGGACAGGCGCGGUGGCCUUGGUGACACCGGGAUUAAAGCUGCCAAGUGCCCCA